GAUGUUGCUUGCAGAUGAAUAUUUAAUUACAGAUUUAAAAUAAAAAUGUGAAGAAGAUAUUAUUUCAAAGUUGGAUAGCAACAAUAUAUUAUAAAUUUUAUUAUUUGUAGAAUAACAUUCAAAUAUAAUAUCACAACCAUUAUUAGAGAAAACAAAUUCAAUUUUUAUAGAUUAAUUUGAUAAGAUCCAUAAAUUAAAUCCAAAUUUAGAAUAAGAAAUAACAAUGGUUCCUGGUUUAAUGACAGUAAUUUAAAAAUUUGCAUUAAAAAAAAUAAGGAAGGGAAGAAAAGUGCAUUUUGUAGUUGAUGAUUAUGAAGAAUCAGAUUCUGAUGAUUAUAUUAGAAAUUAUACACAACAUUUCUACUAAUGA